UUGGUCACGAAUGCCGAGAGGGGCACGAGUCGCUAUUCGGCUUGUCCCGGAAUAACACGAGUUGGUCACGAAUGUGCCCGUUCCUGUUACGACUCUUGCGAGAUGCAUUGGUUAGAACACUAUAUCUUAUCAGGGGUCUCAACGGGAGACUUCAAUUAGGUUUUAUUGAUAACAACACCGAACUAUAGUAAUUGAGGUAAACAAUAAUCACAAUUGCACAGGAAUUACAUUGCGAGUAGAACCUGUCUCAUCUGAAGAGAAAAAAACUGAGCAUGACUUUUGGCGUAUUGUGAAUGACUAUUUUCUGCAGGGUUGUCAGAUAUGAACACGUGACUUACCUCCCUUCCUUAGGUUAUACAUACAUUACAUACAACAGUCCGAUUUGCAAUGUUCUACGUUGUAUAUGUCAGACUUGUUUCUAUUAGGUGUGUCGAAAUGGUCAAUAUUCAAUAGCAAUUAUUUUAAACAAUAUAAGGGAAGGUUAUGCAUCAAAUGCUGCCCAACUUGAAUAAAACGGCGAGAGAACAGAAGCAUCACGCUUGUGCAGUAAUGACGACCGGGCAUCACAUCUAUUAAUAGCAAUGGCCGGGGCGGCUUCAACCCCAGGGACUGAAUCAGGCUACCGUCGGGAUCAGAUUCUGGCGACUCUAUACGGUCAGGCUGUGGGAGAUGCUAUUGGCUUGCUCACUGAGUUCCUUACCAAGGAGGAGGCUAAAGAGAAAUAUGGCGAAGUUAAAAAACAACUUGAACUAGAACACAAGUGUCUAUCACCUGAAGCACACAGAAAACGGUUCAAGGAGGGCGACUGGACGGAUGACACGGACCAGAUGAUACUCAUUCUACAGUCUCUCAUAGAUAAUGAUGGACAGGUGAAACCCGAGGAUUUUGCAAAAAGGUUGAAGUUUUGGUCUCGGAAUGGCUUUCCUGAACUCGGUGAUUUCGUUGGCCACGGGAUCGGUACCACAACAGCGAAGGUUAUGUCCAACCCCGAGUUUGUCACACAGCCACACAAGGCAGCGUUUGGUCUUUGGGACAGGAACCAGAGGAACAUCGCUUCUAAUGGCGCCGUCAUGAGGACGUCAAUUCUGGGGAUACACCAGUACUGGGACACUGACGCCGUGGCUGAUAAUGCCACUGCCAUAUGUAAGACGACCCAUUACGAUCCAAGGUGUCAGGCCUCGACAGUGGCGGUGUCAGUCGCCAUCAGCCUGAUGUUGAGGAGGCAGCCUCGGCACAUCAAGAAGAACGGCAGCUAUGACAUAGACACGAUUAUACAGGAGUGCUUCCAGGUGGCGUCUUCCAAGUGUCUAGAGACAGAUGAGCAGGCAAAAGAGCUGAAGACAUACCUCGAGUGUAAGAAAAUACACAAACUCAACCUAUGUGAGGAGAGAAAGAUCGGCUACACCUACAAGUGUCUGGGCUGCGGGUUCUGGGCACUGAAACAGAAGGACUUCAGGAAGGCACUGCAGACAAUUGUUAUGGAGGGGGGUGAUGCUGACACCAAUGGUGCUGUAGCCGGAGCUCUCCUGGCUUGUAAGUUAGGAAUGUCUGCACUUCCGGUGUCAUGGGUGUCCAAGCUCAAGCACAAGGAUUGGCUGGAUGAAAAAAUUGAAAGAUUUCUAAAGAUUUUGGUGCGAAUGAAAGACGGCACAGCAACCUCAGAAACUGCUGAUGAAUCAAGUGAGGACCAAGAAGGUUAACAAACGAAGAACUUGUAUAUGACAAUAUGUAUGUGAGAAGCACGACCUUGUUUUGUGCUGAUCUCUAUUCGGUAAAACAUAUUGCUCCGUGUUUAUGGGACCCGUGAAGAUUCCGGGGUAGCAACCAAUGCUUGCCGUAAAAGGUGACUAUGCUUG